AUGCUUCCUAUAGUUUUAGCUGCAUAUUCUGAAGGAAAUGGCGUAAUAGGAAGAGAAGGCAGACUACCCUGGCCUAGUAUCCAGGUUGAUUUUAAAUUUAUGAAGUACUUGACUACAAAGUAUCCAUCUGGUCUAAUUAUGGGCCGUCUUACAUACGAGUCAAUUGGAAAACCUCUUCCAAAAAGGACUUCCAUUGUGAUAACAUCCCAUGAUAAUGAGAAUAUUCAUGAUCCAAAUUAUUCCGUACUAUUCUGUAAGUCCUUAGAGAGUGCAAUUUCCAUCUGUAGAAGUCUUUCUCUUCAGCCUAUUAUAUUUGGUGGUGCAGCCGUAUACAAAGAGGCACUAGAGAGGUAUAAAUGUAAGUUGUAUCUGACUGAGAUAUAUAAAAUAUUCCAAGGAGACGCAUUCUUCCCUCUUCAUUGCAUUGACCAUAGGAGUUUAGUCAAUAUAACACCAGACGUAUUGAAAGAAUUAUCCAUUCCAGAAAAUUUGCACAGAAAUAAAGAAAGACCAUUAGAAGAGAGUGAGAUAUAUUUAACACAAGAUGGUAGACAUAUUCCAUUAAUAAAUACACUCUAUGAGAAUGGUAUAAAUUAUGCAUUUUUAACAGGAUAUUCUACUCCACUCUCUGAAAAAUAA